UUAUAGUCGUAGAAGAUGGAUACUGUGGAGAAGAAGCAAAGGAUAUGUGUCCUGGCUGUCGAUGGAAGCAAACAUUCAGAUCUAGCUUUGAAAUGGUAUACUGAAAAUGUUCACAAAUCUGGGGACAAAGUUUUGCUAACACAUUGUGUUGACCACAGAAAACAUCUUACGUAUGGAUCUGUUUCCAUGGUACCAGGUAAUCCAGAUUCUAUAACUCAUGCUUUCGCAGCAGAAGAAAAGAAAGCCAAAGAACUGAUGGAGAAGUAUGUAGCGGAUUGUAAAAAGCUUGGACUACAUGAUGUAGAUUUAGUGAAAGUAAUCGGUGAACCAGGAGAUGGGAUCAUAAAGGCUGCGGAAGAAAAGAAAGCGGACAUGAUUAUCACAGGCUGUCGGGGUUUAGGACAGAUCAGAAGAACAAUGGUCGGCAGUGUCAGCGACUAUAUAUUACACCAUUCGCAUGUACCCGUCUUUGUUUGUAGACAUUAACACUGCUAAAAUAUACAUUUCUUAUCUCAAAAUAAAGGAAGAUUGAUAUUA